AUGAGAUUUGCACUCCGUCCGGUCCGUGCAUUGGGCCAGGCGAGCACAUUCCGCGCUCCAACACAUCUGUCUACUCGAUGCUAUUCCAGCGUAACUUCCAAUGGCCAUCGUUCUCCUCCGCUUGCCGGUAUCACUGUUGUUAGUCUGGAGCAAGCUAUCGCCGCCCCCUUCUGUACUCGGCAACUAGCCGAUCUUGGAGCCCGCGUUAUCAAAGUCGAGCGACCAUGCGUCGGAGACUUUGCUCGUCAAUAUGAUGAUCGUGUCAAUGGAAUGUCCUCGCAUUUUGUCUGGACGAACCGAUCAAAGGAGAGCUUGGCACUGGACCUGAAAGAUAGAAACGAUCAUGCAGUCUUGAUGAGGCUUCUGGGGCAAGCGGACGUGCUCGUCCAAAACUUGGCUCCGGGAGCCAGUGCACGAUUGGGUCUAUCACACGACGUGCUGAAGGAGAAGCACCCAUCUUUGAUCGUCUGUGAUAUUUCUGGGUAUGGGCAAGACGGGCCGUAUCGCGACAAGAAAGCAUACGAUCUUCUCAUCCAAAGCGAAGCUGGAAUGCUAUCCGUUACGGGCACCGGGACGGAGCCAGUGAAGGUGGGCAUUUCUAUUGCUGAUAUUGCUGCUGGUAUGUACGCAUAUACCAAUAUUCUUUCUGCGCUAUUGCAGCGUGGGAAGGACGGCCAGGGCUGCCGUAUUGACAUCUCGAUGCUGGAGAGCAUGGUCGAAUGGAUGAGUUUUCCGAUGUACUAUGCCUUCGACGGUGCUGCUGGUCCGGUGCCAGCGGGAGCCUCACAUGCUGCUAUCUAUCCAUAUGGCCCUUUUGAAGCUAGCGACGGCCAGAUCAUGUUAGGGAUUCAAAACGAGAGGGAAUGGGCCAAAUUCUGCUCUCAUGUCCUCUGUCAACCGGACUUGACCUCGGAUUCUCGGUUCUCAAACAACACAUUCCGAUCCAAAAAUCGAGACGAGCUGAAAGCUGUUAUUGAUGAUACCUUCUCGCGACUGACGGCUGCAGAGACGAUUGCACGGCUCGAGGUGGCCUCGAUUGCCAACGCGAAUCUUAACGAUAUGCAUGGAGUUUGGAAACAUGCACAGCUUGAAGCUCGCGACCGGUGGGUUGAUAUUCAAACUCCCACCGGGGCUGUGCAAGCUCUCCUUCCUCCAGGGUCAACAAAGUCAGCAGACCAAGGCGGGUACGAAGCUCAGAUGGGAUCAGUCCCAGAAGUUGGGGAACACAACAAAGCCAUCUUGGCGGAGCUGGGACUGACGGAAAAGAACGAUUAG